CGGCCCCGCCCCCCGAGGCGGAAGCGGAGUCCCAGGCUACUCCGCCCGCGGUGUGGGUGGUUCCGAGGCUGACUGCCCUGCGGCGGCGCGGCUCGCAGUCCUCAGCAUGGACCGCACUUGUGAAGAGAGGCCCGCUGAGGAUGGGAGCGACGAGGACGACCCGGACUCCAUAGAAGCCCCGACCCGGAUCCGGGACACUCCGGAAGACAUCGUGCUGGAAGCUCCGGCCAGUGGGCUGGCGUUCCAUCCGGCCCGUGACCUACUGGCUGCAGGGGACGUGGACGGGGACGUGUUCGUCUUUUCCUACUCUUGCCAAGAGGGAGAAACCAAGGAGCUCUGGUCAUCGGGUCACCAUCUCAAGGCCUGCCGAGCUGUGGCCUUCUCUGAAGAUGGGCAGAAGCUUGUUACUGUCUCCAAGGACAAAGCCAUCCAUGUUCUAGAUGUGGAGCAGGGGCGACUAGAAAGACGUGUUUCCAAGGCUCAUGGUGCCCCCAUCAACAGUCUUCUGCUGGUGGAUGAGAAUGUUCUGGCCACUGGGGAUGACACGGGUGGUAUCCGUCUCUGGGACCAGCGGAAGGAGGGCCCCUUAAUGGAUAUGAGGCAACAUGAAGAGUACAUCGCAGACAUGGCUCUGGAUCCAGCCAAGAAGCUGCUGCUGACAGCCAGUGGGGAUGGCUGCCUUGGAGUCUUCAACGUUAAGAGGCGUCGGUUUGAGCUGCUCUCAGAGUCUCAGUCUGGGGAUCUGACCUCUGUCACCCUCAUGAAAUGUGGGAAGAAGGUGGCCUGUGGCUCCAGUGAAGGUACCAUCUACCUCUUCAACUGGAAUGGCUUUGGGGCCACAAGUGACCGCUUUGCCGUGAGAGCUGAAUCUAUCGACUGCAUGGUUCCAGUCACUGAGAGUCUGCUGUGUACUGGCUCCACCGAUGGAGUCAUCAGGGCUGUGAACAUCCUACCGAACCGAGUGGUGGGCAGUGUGGGCCAGCACCCUGGGGAGCCUGUGGAGGAGCUGGCCCUUUCCCACUGUGGCCGCUUCCUGGCCAGUAGUGGCCAUGACCAGCGCCUCAAGUUUUGGGACAUGGCCCAGCUGCGAGCUGUGGUGGUGGAUGACUACCGUCGGCGCAAAAAAAAGGGAGGACCACUGCGGGCUCUGAGCAGCAAGACUUGGAGCACUGAUGACUUCUUCGCAGGACUGAGGGAAGAGGGAGAAGACUCCAUGGCUCAGGAAGAAGAGGAGGAGACUGGGGAUGACAGUGACUGAGGGAAUCAAUUGAAUCUCAAGACAGGUCCUCACCAGGCAAGAGUCUUGCUUAUUGAGCUGCAUCCCCAGAGAAGAUAUUAUUUUUUUAAAAGACAGGGUUUUGCUGUCAUCCAGGCUGGAGUGCACUGGCUUGAUCAUGGCUCACUGCAGCCUCAAUGUGCCCCGGCUCAGGGUGUCCUUCCACCUCAGCCUCUGGA